AUGGAGGACAUCAAGCAACAAGGGUCGAGCAGCGCCCGACGUGGCGCGCCGGCUACGCAUGCGACCGAUUCCUCCAAUGUACACGCCCGUCCUACCGUGGCUGACUUGCACGGAGAGGGCCAUUUCGCACAGGUAGCCAGAAAGUUCUGGUUGACUACGAAAAAGACGCCAAAAGUGCGCCCAGAGGUGGUCAAGAAAGAGCUAUGGGAUGAGCUGGAGACGGGCGACUUUGCCUACUCGUCGCUGUUGAUCCUGGAGAACCUACAGCUACUGGAGCGCUAUCUAUGGCCUGGAUUCACUGAAGAUGCAUCGAAUUACCAUCACCUGCUGCUGGCGCUCAUGGUCAAUGUCAAGAGGAGGGAGAAUCUGCCGUCUUGGGAACACUUCGCAAGCAAACCUGCCGAGUUCUCCUCCUUCUUUCGUCGCAUCUUGUCCAUGACCGUCGAUCCUUCCCAACCGAGCAAGAUCCGAACGCAGCUCAUCUCCUUUGUCAUCGGUGCUUUUCAAUCGCUAGACAGCGGUCUGGUGCGGAAAGAAUGCGCCCCCUUGGUCGGUGUAUCGAUAUGGCAAAACCUACACUCAGACGCCGCGCGAGAGCGACACUUUGAGCAACAUCAGAUGUUGCGCAAGGCAUGGAGAGCAGCGUCAAAACGGUUCGAUGCUGGAGACGAGGCGCUUCAGGCGCGGUUACGAUUCGAGCGGUCAUGGCUAUAUACGCUGCUACUGGAUUUCUUGGAUCGCCUGUACAACAGCAACACUAGGGAAGAGAUCAAGGAUAACCUAGCAUACUGUGAGCGGUUUAUGGAGCUGGUCACCGACUUGCAGAGCCAGUUGCCGACGAGGAGAUACGUCAACGCACUGUUGCAAGACUUGAAUCUGCUUCCGGCCAUCAGACUCUCGCCCACGUAUACGGACGAGGACAAUGGCUUGUUCCGGGAUCUCUUUACCCUCCUGAGCCACUUCACGUACUUUCCAAUCGAGGAUCAAACUGGCAGACAGUUGUCGAAAUUGGAAUACGAUCAACAGCACUACGAUGUCCUGGCCAAAUUGCAGCGGACUGGCUAUGCUGCCUUUCAGGAAAAGCUCCAGUUGAUGGCCUUGGCAAAUUAUGGCAGUGUUGGCAAUAGAGAAGAGUUGGAUGGCCAUUUGCGCUCCUUGGGCGACGAUGAGCUGGUGGAACUUUGCUCUUUGAUGGGCCUGCGAACCGAAUACCCAAGCUCUUCUUACCUUGUCCGAGAUCGAGCGUUCUACAUGGAGACUCUUCUCUCGCUAGUCGAACAAAGGUCUACGUUCAAAGAUCAUGUCCGCGACAUGCCCGUCUUACCGACAGAGAAGAUUUUGUACGAGACCACAUUCCUUAGGAAUGAAUCCUACGAUGGGUCAAGGCCGCUAGCCAUACCGAAACUGAAUCUUCAGUACUUGACAAUGGGCGACUUCCUAUGGAGAUCGUUCAUCUUAUAUCGUGCCGAGGCAUUGUACGGUAUCAGGAAAGACAUAGAGGACGUAGUGAAACUCAUAAAACCACAGGGCAAAGGCGUCAACACAAAACUUGGUGGUGUGUCGAUGAUGUCACUACAGAUUAUGAAGCCAGCUGUUGUCGAUGUAGCUCCUUCAAAAGUUGGCGAGGAGCAUCCGGCUUAUGUUCGGGCAGAGAUCAUUCUAGAUGUCAGCCGUCUCCAGGAUCGCGUACGAAGAGACUGGGAACAGCUUAGACCCGACGAUGUAGUUUUCCUACUGGCUGUCGAAGGACCGGACGACCUCCCCAUGCGGAACGGCAACCAUGAGGAGCUCAACACUGGUGAACAAAUUGGCCUUCACAGGCUGAGAUGUGCUCAGGUGGUUCAGAUACUGGAUCAGAACGGGAGGCCCCUUCGCGAACAGGCUCACAACGAUGGCUUCGCACCCCGGGCACGACAACGGCGACUUAUCGUCAACAUCGACGCAAAGCAGUACAAGACCGACAUGGACCACACUGCUGAAGGUAGAACUAACGUCUAUGAGCACAUUAAUCUCAUUGUCCGACGGAAAGGGCGGGAGAAUAACUUUCUUCCCAUCCUCGAGUCCAUCAAGCGCUUGACGCUUUCAGACAUCCCAGCACCAUCAUGGCUUCAGGAGGUCUUCCUAGGAUACGGGGAUCCUGCAUCUGCAACCUACAAGCGACUACCUAACCGACUGCAUUCGAUAGACUUUCGUGAUACCUUUGUAGACUGGCAGCACCUGAUCGAGUCCCAGCCCGGCAAAUCUAUCGAACCCCACGAGGAGGCCCAGACAUCCUUUGGGCCGCCCUACGUCGUGCAGUAUUCUGCAGCAGCCGAACCAGAAAAUGCUCCUGCACGACCAUCGAAGAAGCGGCGUCGCGACCAGGUCGAGGUUGCACAACCUUUGCAUGAAUCGCUGCACGUCUCCACGUACAAGCCUCCGAACAUGGGGCCCUAUCCUGCAGACGCACCCAAGCAGAAUGCGGUCAGAUUCACCCCUGCACAGGUUGAAGCCAUCACUUCAGGAACGCAGCCUGGCCUAACUGUCGUGCUCGGACCGCCGGGUACCGGAAAGACGGAUGUUGCGACCCAAAUUAUAUCCAAUAUAUACCACAACUUCCCGGACCAGCGGACCUUGCUGGUCGCACACAGCAAUCAGGCGCUUAACCAACUUUUCCAGAAGAUUGUAGCACUUGACAUUGAUGAGCGUCAUCUGCUACGCCUAGGUCACGGCGAAGAGGACCUCGAGACAGAUGCGAGCUAUAGCAAGCAUGGAAGAGUGGAGUCGUUUCUCGAGAGAGGAACGUACUAUCUGUCUGAAGUCGAUCGUCUUGCGAAGAACUUUGGUGCGCCUGGUGCUCAUGGAAGCUCGUGCGAGACUGCAGAUUACUUCAAUCUUGUCUAUGUAAAGCCGGCUUGGACGCAAUACUGGGACAGUGUUUCAUCUGAAGGCACCAGCGUUGACCAGAUAAUCGCUGAGUUCCCGCUGAAAGGCUAUUUCUCAAAUGCUCCUCAGCCUCUAUUCUCGCCAGCAGCAGACCGCGAUCGGAUUCUUGAGAUCGCUCAAGGUUGCUAUCGCCAUGUUGAGAAGAUCUUCACGGAAAUCGAGGACAUUCGUCCCUUUGAGAUACUUCGGAACCCGCGCGAUAAAGCGAACUACCUCUUGGUGAAGGAAGCCCGCAUCAUCGCCAUGACAUCUACACAUGCUGCGAUGCGAAGGCAAGAGAUUGCCUCGCUAGGAUUCCACUAUGAUAAUGUGAUCAUGGAAGAAGCUGCUCAGAUCACGGAGAUUGAAAACUUCAUCCCACUCGCCUUACAGGAUCCUCGGAAUGGCGAGCUGCCCCUUCAGCGUAUCGUGUUAUGCGGUGACCAUCUCCAAAACUCACCUGUCAUCCAGAACCUUGCUUUCCGCCAAUAUGCCAAUCUCGAGCAAUCACUCUUUCAGCGACUUGUACGCCUCGGUGUUCCCACAAUAAUGCUCGACCAGCAAGCUCGUGCUCGGCCAUCGAUCGCAGAGCUCUACAAAUGGCGUUACCCCAAGCUGGAUAAUCUACCUUCUGUCUUAUCAAAACCAGAGUUCCAAAUUGCAAACCCAGGCUUCAAGCACGAGUACCAGUUCAUCGAUGUGCAGGACUUCAAGGGCAAAGGCGAAGACCAACCUAAACCGCACUUCAUGGUCAACCUGGGCGAGGCGGAGUACGCCGUCUCGAUCUUCAUGUACAUGCGUCUGCUGGGAUACCCAGCGAACAAGAUCUCCAUACUGACUACGUACGCUGGCCAGCGGUCGUUGAUCAACGAUGUCUUGGGGCUGAAGUGUAAGAACAAUCCGCUAUUCGGUAGACCAAGGAUGGUGGCGACGGUGGACAAGUACCAGGGUGAACAGAAUGAUUAUAUCAUCCUCUCCCUAGUCCGCACCCGCGCCAUUGGCUACCUCCGCGACAUCCGCCGUCUGACUGUCGCGCUCUCUCGCGCACGUCUCGGUCUCUAUAUCCUCGGCCGCCGCUCCGUCUUCGAGUCCGUCUUCGAACUCAAACCCGCUUUCGACAUUUUAUUCCAGCGCCCUGAUAAACUCACGCUUGUGACUGGCGAAAUGCACGGCGAAACACAGCGACCCGUGCCUUCCACCACUGUCACCGGAUCGAACGUCAAGAUGGUGGAAGUAAACGUUGAGGGUGAGACGGUCAUGGAAGGCGUAGAGCAUUUGGGCCAGUAUGUGUACGAGAUGACGCUGGCUAAGAUUGAGGAUUUGAAAUCGAAGGGUGGUGGUGCGGGGCUGCCUACGAGGGAGGUCAAGAUGAUUGACGCGAGCGAAGUCGUGGCCAAGGAUGCGGAUGAGGACGAGGAUCGGCCGGAGAAUGUUCUCAUUCCGGAGGAAUCGGUGGGUAACUUUGAUGGCGAGGACGAUGAGGGCCUUGAGACUUAA